AUGGAAGACAAGAAAGAAAAGAAAUACAUCAAAAUUAUAGUUGAACUGGCUCGAAAUCCGGAAGGGGAUCCGGUACUUGCCCAUUAUCGCAUAACAGAAAACGUCAAAAUGAAACGAGUGAAAGACGAUUUUGCUGAAAAGAUGAACGAAAGUGUCCGCCUCUAUCGAUUUCUAUAUUAUGGAUCAUUCGUGGCUGAUGAUGCCACAGCAAAAACACUUAAAAUGGAGGACGGGGAUUGGAUCGAGGUGUUCGAAACACUAGAAAGUGGAUAA